AUGCAGUUCAUCACCGCCGCUCUCACCCUCAUUGCCCUGGCCUCGGCCUCCCCCGUCAUCGUCACCACAGUCGAGAAACCUUCCGAGCUCGAGGCCCGUCAGUUGAACUCGGUACGCAACGACCUCACGUCGGGCAACGCUGCAGCAUGCCCCAGUGUCAUCUUCAUCUUUGCCCGGGCCUCGGGCGAGGUUGGUAACAUGGGACUCAGCGCCGGCACAAACGUGGCUUCGGCGCUUGAGCGCGAGUUCCGCAACGACAUCUGGGUGCAGGGCGUGGGUGACCCGUACGACGCUGCCAUCGCGCCCAACUUGCUCCCCGCCGGGACCACGCAGGGCGCGAUCGACGAGGCGAAGCGCAUGUUCAACCUGGCCAACACCAAGUGUCCCAACGCUGCCGUCGUCGCUGGAGGAUACAGCCAGGGAACGGCAGUCAUGUCCAACGCUAUCGGCGAGCUGCCCUCGGCCGUGAAGGAUCAGAUCAAGGGCGUCGUGCUCUUUGGGUACACCAAGAACCUCCAGAACCUCGGUCGGAUCCCAGACUUCCCGAGCGACAAGACCGAGGUCUACUGCAACGCCUCCGACGCCGUUUGCUUUGGCACCUUGUUCCUCCUGCCUGCCCACUUCCUGUACACAACCGAGUCUUCCAUCUCGGCGCCGAACUAUCUCACACGCAAGAUCCGCGCGGCAUAG